GAAAACAUCGACAAACGGCCGGUGUGAAGUGCGCUGAGGUUCUCUUUGAGAGCUUCCGGCGGCCAUCAUGCCUCUUUUCUAGCCGUUCAGUGACCAACGUGGACGUGGACGUCAGUUUUCACGCAAAAGUUGCAGCAUGAUCGGAAAGGUAAUCAAGCCCGGAGGCGGGGAACCAGAUGAAUUUGAGAAGACCAUCGGACAGGCGCUCCUGGAGCUGGAGGCCAAUCCAGAGCUGAAGCCCCAGCUCAGGGAUUUGCACAUUACGCGCGCCAGAGAAAUCGAGUGUGACAGCAAGAAGGCUAUCGUCGUGUACAUCCCCAUGCCGAAGCAGAAGGCCUUCCAGAAGAUCCAGACACGCCUGGUGCGCGAGCUGGAGAAGAAGUUCUCUGGCAAGCAAGUGGUGUUCAUCGGCGAGCGGAAGAUUCUGCCCAAGCCACAGCGAAAGGCGAGGAAUCCGCUGAAGCAGAAGCGACCUCGCUCCAGGACCCUCACGGCUGUGUACGACGCCAUCCUGGAGGAUCUCGUCUUUCCGGCUGAGAUUGUGGGGAAGCGCGUUCGCGUGAAGUUGGACGGCUCACAGCUGAUCAAGGUGCAUCUGGACAAGAAUCAGCAGACAACCAUUGAGCACAAGGUGGACACCUUCACGUCCGUGUACAAGAAGCUGACGGGACGCGACGUGACUUUUGAAUUCCCCGAACCGUACUUGUAAGCGAUGCUCUGGAGUUAUUAAAUUGGAGCCCCAUUUCGAGGGGGAUUUCCACACACACACUGAAA